CUCAGCGAUCGGUCCGUCCUUUCACUGCGUGGCGCCAACACCUACAAGCUGCUGCAGGGCUUGGUCACCAAUGACGUCCGUCGACUGGAGGAGCGAGCCACGUCGCCUUCUGCAUCAUCCAGUGCGCAAACCUCGGCGCAUACAUCCGCCUUCUACUGCGGCUUCCUCAAUCCUCAAGGGCGAUUGAUCGGGCCUGCUUUCUUGUACAACGAGGGCACCUUCGCCGCCACAUCAGAUCCUGCCGCGCCGCCAUCCGUCCUCAUGGACUGUCAUAGCGCAAAUGUGCCCUCUCUGCAAACAUUCAUUAAGCGCUUCAUGCUUCGCAGCAAGGUAAAGCUGGCAGAUGAGAGCGAAGGGUGGGAGACGUGGGCCAUUUGGAGUGACGACGCCAGCUCCAGGGACGAGGAAGCGAUGACGUCGCUCGAGCAGGAGGGCAAAGUGCUGCGCGAUGCUCGCACCCCACGAAUGGGAUGGCGACUACUUUCGCCUCGCAACUCUACCCCACCCCUCCCCAUCGCCGUGCAACAUCGUUCGCCGCUUGCCUACACUCGCCACCGAAUAGCGCAAGGCGUGCCGGAUGGGCCUGUUGAGCUGCCCGAGAACAGCUCGCUCCCGCUGGAGGCAAAUCUGGACCUGAUGGGCGGAGUAGACUACAAGAAGGGAUGCUAUGUAGGCCAAGAGCUUACCGCGAGGACGCACCAUAUCGGCGUAGUGAGGAAGAGAGUUAUGCCCGUGCGACUCCAC